AUGGUCCAGCUCUUGGGAUUUCUACAGCGGCAGCAGCAGCAACAGCAGCAGCAGCAGCAGCAGCAGCAGCAGCAGCAGCAGCAGCAGCAGCAGCAGCAGCAGCAGCAGCAGCAGCAGCAGCAGCAAAAACUACAACAGCAGCAACAAGAGUUUAUUGAAAGGCCAGCAGCACAACAGUCUGCAGCAAUCGCCCCAUCUGCUGCUGCACGCACUGUUUCAUCCCCACAGCCUACGCCGUUUUUGCAAACUUCUUCACCUCAAAUCUCCAUGGGAAUGUUGGCACCGCGACAUACACAGCACGGAAUAACGGACCCUGUGGACCCAUACCCAACACCUGUCGUAUCCCCUCUGGGUACCUCAUCUCAUGGACUACUUUCAACACCCACCCCGGGUUCUCUUCCCCGACCAUUCACAUGCACUCGACAAGUUCCCGGCCAGCCCGUUGCUGGUGCUUCCUCUGCUGCUUCCUCGCCUGCGUCUGCCUCAUCACUGCUGCUUUCCCAGUCUUUUCACUCCCAAUCUCUAUCGCCAACGUUUCAUGCAGGUUUCGCUGCACCGUCUGGAGUGGAUGAGGGGUCUUCUGCUCUGGCUUCGUGGCAAAUGCAGCUGCAGCGUUUGAUGCAGCAACAGCAGCAGCAGCAGCAGCAGCAGCAGCAGCAGCAGCAGCAGCAGCAGCAGCAGCAGCAGCAGCAGCAGCAGCAGCAGCAGCAGCAGCAGGAAUGGCGGCAACAACAGCAACAGCAGGAGCUACACCAGAAAAGGAUCAUAGCUGCUAUUUUAAGCAUGACUGCUGGAGCACCUGCAGAAGCCCGAAGAGGGACAGGAUUGCCAAAUGUAACAGCUUUGCCAAAUAUAGACGUGCAUGGGGGAGUUCUUGCAGGCGCAGCUAGAGAACCAAUGUCUGGUGCAGGAGCAGCAGCUUUACCUGCCCUGCCUUCUCCAGAACCACACCUUAUGAGCAAAGGGAUCACUGGGGCGAGUGUGGACGGGGGAGAAGCUCCUUCAUUGCCAAAUCUGGCUGCUUUUCUAAAAACAGUAGGGCGUGGAGGGGGUGGAAGAGGGGCAGAAGGCGGAGAGGAGUCAGCUGGUGAGUUGUUGAGAAGGGUGGGCCCGUUUGAGGGCAAUACGGUAAGCGGAAGUGGCUGUGAAAGGGAUGUUGGAGGAUGGAGAGGAGGGAAAGGAGGAAUAGGAGGAGCAGGAGGAGUGGAUAGAACCGGAGAAAUGAAAUCUUCAGCAGAUCUGCGGGAAGGAAGGGAGGAAGGCCGCAUGGGGGAGUCAGGACGAUGGGGAAGACGAGGAGAAGGGGUGAAGGGAGGAGGAGGUGGUGAGUGGGGAGGAGGAGGAGGAGGAGGAGGAGGAGGAGGAGGAGGAGGAGGAGGAGGAGGAGGAGGAGGAGGAGGAGGAGGAGGAGAGAAAGGAUUGGGAGGAGGAUUAAGAGAAGGAAUAGAAGGUGGUUCAGUUGAGACAGCAGCAAGGGUAGCGAGAAGUGAAACCAGGAUUGAGUGCAAGACUGCACCUGCUGGUGGUGGUGGUGGUUGUGGUGGUGCUUCUGCUGCUGCUGCUGCUGCUGCUGCUGCUGCUGCUGCUGCUGCUGCUGCUGCUGCUGCUGCUCCUGCUGCUGCUCCGGCUUCUGGUGGUGCUUCUGCUUGUGCUCCUGCUGCCGGUAGUGAUGGUGGCGGUGUUGGUCUCUUUCUGGCGAAUCACCAACUUGCACCUCACCUUAUCAACGCACAGCUUGCAUUUGCUCCUGCUGUUGGUGCUGCUGCUGCUCCUCCUGCCACCGGUGGUGCUUCUGCUGUUGGUGCUGCUGCUGCUCCUCCUGCCACCGGUGGUGCUUCUGCUGUUGGUGCUGCAGCCCCUUUUGCUGAUGUUGUUGGUGGUGGUGGUGGAAGUGGUGCUAUUUCAUUUCUGACGAAUCACCAAUCACCUCGUCGGCUCAACACACAACAUGCACUCGCUGCUGCUGCUGCUGCUGCUGCUGCUAAUCUUACUGCUGGCGAUGGUGGUGGUGGUGGUGGUGGUGGUGGUGGUGGUGGUGGUGGUGCUGUUGCUGCUGCAGGUGUGGGAGGGGUUUGGGGGAAAAGCAAGGAAGAGAGAGGUAAGAAGAGGGGGAGAAAGGAGGAGGAGAAGGAGGAGGACGAGGAGGAGGAGGAGGAGGAGGAGGAGGAGGAGGACGAGGAGGAAUUUGAGCGAAAAGGAAAAUUCCUGCCAAUGCGAGUAGUCCUGGGAGAAACAGGUGCAAGGAAGGGAAUUGGAGGAGGAAUGGCAGCGAGAGAUGGUGGUAUGGGGGGGGACGGUGGCAGUGGGAGUGGUGGUGGGGGGCAUGAUGGGGUAGGGGAUGAUGGUAGGAGUGGUGGUGGGAAUGGUGGUGCGAAUGGUUGGGGUAAUGGUGGAGGGGUAGGCGGUGGUAGGGUUGUUAGCAGUGGGAGUGGGCAUAGUAGCGGGUGCAGCAAAGCAGGCUCGGGCAGCAGAGCAAGGCGGAAAGCAGCAAAGACAAGUAAAGCAGAUAGAGAAACACCUCCAACUACCCCCAAAGAUGCUGCUGCAACGGCGUCGAUUCCCUCUGAUGGCGGUGAAUUGCACAGGAGAGGUGCACCUGUUGAUGCUUCCUCUAAUGAACCCACAGGUGCCAACACUGCCCCAUCUUUUCUGUCCACUCUGCCGGCCGGGAAGCGAGCAAAAAAAGACAAAAACAGGUACCGUGGUGUGCGGCAGCGGCACUGUGGGAAGUGGGUGGCGGAGAUCCGAUUCCCAAAGAAGAAAUCCCGCGUGUGGCUCGGAACGUUCACCUGCCCGGAAGAGGCUGCCCGAGCAUACGAUCGGGCAGCUGUGAAACUUCGUGGGCCCCGAGCGCUGACGAAUUUUCCGGAUGAGUAUGAGAAUUGGCAAAAUGGGGUGGGAGAUGACUUGUUGGGGUUUAAUGGGGAGGAAGGAGUGGAGAAGGAGGAAAUGGGGAAGGAUGAGGUGGGGUUUAAGGGGGGAAGUGCAGCAGAGAGAGGGGAAGGAGGCAGCAAAGGGGAGAUGUAUACGGUUAGAGAGGGUGAGGAUGAGGGGAAGGGAGCGGAAGGCAGUAAGCAGCAGAUGGGGAAAAGGGCGAGGAGCAAGGGUGGAGGAAAAAAUGAGGGAGGGGAGGAAGAGAAGAUGGACCUUGCACUUGCUUCUGCUGAUGGUGCUGCUGGUGCUGCUCCUGCUGCUCCUGCCACCGGUGGUGCUUCUGCUGUUGGUGCUGCUGCUGCUCCUCCUGCCACCGGUGGUGCUUCUGCUGUUGGUGCUGCUGCUGCUCCUCCUGCCACCGGUGGUGCUUCUGCUGUUGGUGCUGCUGCUGCUCCUCCUGCCACCAGUGGUGCUUCUGCUGUUGGUGCUGCUGCUGCUCCUCCUGCCACCGGUGGUGCUUCUGCUGUUGGUGCUGCUGCUGCUCCUCCUGCCACCGGUGGUGCUUCUGCUGUUGGUGCUGCUGCUGCUCCUCCUGCCACCGGUGGUGCUUCUGCUGUUGGUGCUGCUGCUGCUCCUCCUGCCACCGGUGGUGCUUCUGCUGUUGGUGCUGCUGCUGCUCCUCCUGCCACCGGUGGUGCUUCUGCUGUUGGUGCUGCUGCUGCUCCUCCUGUCACUGGUGGUGCUUCUGCUGUUGGUGCUGCUGCUGCUCCUCCUGCCACCAGUGGUGCUUCUGCUGUUGGUGCUGCUGCUGCUCCUCCUGCCACCAGUGGUGCUUCUGCUGUUGGUGCUGCUGCUGCUCCUCCUGCCACCGGUGGUGCUUCUGCUGUUGGUGCUGCUGCUGCUCCUCCUGCCACCAGUGGUGCUUCUGCUGUUGGUGCUGCUGCUGCUCCUCCUGCCACCGGUGGUGCUUCUGCUGUUGGUGCUGCUGCUGCUCCUCCUGCCACCGGUGGUGCUUCUGCUGUUGGUGCUGCUGCUGCUCCUCCUGCCACUGGUGGUGCUUCUGCUGUUGGUGCUGCUGCUGCUCCUCCUGCCACCGGUGGUGCUUCUGCUGUUGGUGCUGCUGCUGCUCCUCCUGCCACCGGUGGUGCUUCUGCUGUUGGUGCUGCCGCUCCUCCUGCCACCGGUGGUGCUUCUGCUGUUGGUGCUGCUGCUGCUCCUCCUGCCACCGUGGCGACGGCUGCUGUGCUGUUUCAUUUCUGGCGAAUCACCUAG